AUUCGCCAUGGUGGAUCACAUCAUGACCAAAUUCAAGUGUUGAUGGAGCGCAUCUGAGAUGUUUGCAUUUGUAAUCAUAUUCAUUUUCUUCGGUUUGGACAAAUCUAAUGCAGCCCUCAACUGCACAUGUGGACAACCAGGCGUCUCAAGCUCUAGAAUCGUUAAUGGUGUGGAAACCGGAAAGAACGAAUUUCCAUGGAUCGCCGCGGUGAGGAUCAAGACAUCCCCUCUGGCAACCAUCCCGAACCUGCCGUACUGCUCGGGCAGCCUGGUGUCGGACCGGUUCGUGCUCACCGCCGCCCACUGCCUGGCCAAGCUGCGCAACGAGGACUCCUGGCGGCGCAGCGAGCUCGUGUUCGGCAUGCACUGGGCGCGCAGCGACCCGCCCGAGGUGCAGCUGCGUAACAUCAAGAGGGCGGUGAUGAAGGUGCAGUAUCAAGACACCAACAAAGAUUACGACGUAGCGCUGCUGGAGCUGGACGUGCCAGUCGAGAUCAACAAAGUCAUCUACCCAAUAUGUCUACCCUAUAACCUCAAGUUUCCCGCGAAGAACCCGUGGGUGGUGGCUGCGGGCUGGGGAAGGACCUCGUACGCUGGACGUCAGUCCGAAAAACUCAUGAAGACCAAGUGGAUGGAGCUGGUGCGCUGGGACACGUGCGAGGCCAGGACCAAGUACCGCUCCCGCAGUCUGCUCACGGAGCGCAUGCUGUGUGGCGUCUCCGACCUCACCGACGCCUGCCUCGGCGACUCGGGCGGACCGCUGAUGUACUACCACCCUCAGUUUUACCGCUGGUUUCUGGUCGGCGUCACCAGCUUCGGUUGGGGCUGCAACGAGGUUAACGACCCGGGCGUCUACACCAACCUCUUCCACAAGGACAUCUUGGGCUGGGUGACAUGCGCGAACACAGGCGAAAUGUGCAAGGCCUAGCUGAAGAGCGCUGGAGCCGCAGGCGGCCCGACGCGAUCUGACGAUCCGCGGCUGAGGAGGGCGACGGCCAAGUCUGGAACCCCGCCGCAGCAUGGGCGGGGCGCGGCCCGCGGCGGUGGCCGUCACAGCUCCCGCCCGAGUUCUGCCGCUGCCUCCCCACCGCUGGCAGACGCGGCUAAGCUCCGUGCUUCUCGGUAGCUCUAAUGGUAAUGGUGUGUAGUGGAGGAGCAGGGUGCUAGUCGAAGCAGUAACAAAUCUGUCAUCGUACGCAAACUGGGUACCCUGAAAACGA